CAACCAAAACGUAAAGCUCAAGCGGCAAAAAUUAAAUUUUCUAACUCAUCACACUCCAAUACGAAAUAAACGUUAAGUUUAAUAUUAACACCAAAGGUCUUUUACCGAAAUAACCCGAAAAUCAUGUCUAGUAUGCCGAUAACCUCUUCUACACUUCUUCCACUUGAAUUGGUCGAUAAAUGUAUUGGAUCUCGGAUACAUAUUAUUAUGAAAAAUGAUAAAGAAAUUGUUGGGACUUUGUUGGGUUUUGAUGAUUUUGUAAAUAUGUUGCUUGAAGAUGUUACCGAGUACGAAACAACUCCUGAAGGUAGAAGAGUAACUAAACUUGAUCAAAUAUUAUUAAAUGGAAAUAAUAUUACUAUGCUUGUCCCAGGAGGUGAAAUGCCUGAUACAUAAUCAUAAUUUAAUGUCACAUAAAUUAAUUAUUAAUAAAAUGUAAGAGUUAAUUUAAGGAAAUAAACGUUUCUUUUUUGUA